AUGUUUACAGAAUACAGGAUUCAAAAUUUACACAAUGCAACAUCACGUUUACAUAAUACAAGAUUUAAGAUUUAUAGACUACAGUAAUUAAUGUUUACAGAAUACAGGAUUCAAAAUUUACACAAUGCAACAUCACGUUUACAUAAUACAAGAUUUAAGAUUUAUAGACUACAGUAAUUAAUGUUUACAGAAUACAUAAUGAGUGUUGUAAAUGCUCUACUAGAUGCUGUCGCUGCUCUACUCUUUACACUCGUCACUAGCUUAUUUGGAGUUGUGAAACUAUUUAUCCCGAGCUCAUAUUUCUUCAAGGAUAUCAAAGGAGAUAUUGUCCUUGUAACAGGAGGAGGGAGUGGUAUAGGGAGAUUGAUGUGCUGUAAGUUUGCCAAGAAAGGAGCUAUUGUAGUAACCUGGGAUAUCAAUUCAAAAGGUAAUGAUGAGACGGUUGCAAUGAUAAAGAAGGAUGGCGGCAAGGCGUAUUCUUAUAUCGUAGAUAUAUCCAACAGAGAAGAAAUCUACUCUACAGCUGAGAAGAUGAAGAAGGAGGUGGGAUCUCCAGAUAUUCUAGUGAACAAUGCUGGAAUAGUAUCUGGUUCCAAUAUACUAGAUACUCCAGACUCAAAGAUUAUCAAAACCUUCGAAGUAAACACUUUCGCGCAUUUCUGGACAAUAAAGGCUUUCUUACCUGAGAUGAUUAAAGCGAAGAAAGGUCACGUUGUCAAUAUUGCCAGCUUGGCCGGUCACAGUGGGACUAAUAAACUGGUUGACUACUGUGCUAGUAAGUUUGCUGCUGUAGGGUUGGAUGAGGCGUUUAGGGUAGAGCUGUUCGUUCAGGGGCAUUCAGAGUACAUUAAGACAACCGUAGUCUGUCCAUACUACAUCAGCACAGGCAUGUUUGCAGGGGUUCAGAGUAAACUGGUUCCUAUUCUUGAACCUGAGUUUGUUGCUGAGAAAGCUGUAUCUGGAGUAUUAUCUAAUGAAGAAGUUAUUCUUCUACCAUCCUGGACCUUUCUACUUAUCACGCUAAAGGCAAUCCUUCCUUCCUCCGGGUUCAUGAGACUAGGCCAGGCUUUUGGAUUCAACUGCUCCAUGGAUCAGUUCCAAGGACGACAGAAGCAACAGUAAACUGGAGAUGGAAACCCAUCUUAUGACGAUAUCUAUGAUUUUAAAAAUAUUAACAACGGGAUUUUAACUGAUCCUCGGUCUAAAGCAAGGUUCUUCAAUAUGGUUGGUUACUUUGGAUGCGGAUUCUAUCUAUCUAUGCUAAGGAGAUGACAUUUUCUGUACAUUAGAGCGCACCGAGAAUCACCAACCUAAUUAAAGAAGCUUGGUUUAAAGAAUAAUAUAGCCGAUUCACUCAACUACCCAACCCAAAACAUCUAGAAAAUAUAAUAAUGCAUUUAUCUAUCCAUCACUGCACUUCUGUGCAAUUUGAUAAACACUUAAACAAAGAAAGCGAGAACAGAACAAAAAACAAGAUUUAAUUCGAAAUAAUCACUGAGAAGACAGGUUAAAAGGGUACUGUUGUGAAUCUGGCAAGUAACACUUUCAAUGACUUCGACACUCCCUUUAAGAACAAGGAGGGUUUUUCUAUACAUUUGUGACUUUAUUGUUCCGGAAAAUAUUUUGUCGAAAUGACAUUAUUAUUCCAUCCAUUACAAACUUUAAGAUCAAUUGAAUAUACUGUUUUUGACUACAUUUGAAAUAACUUGAAAUUGUAAGAAUUAUAAUUUUGUUAAAAGAUACAAUGUAAAUAUAUUUUAAUAAACUUUUU